UGUUUUUAUUUUAUAUUGGCUAGUAGAGAAUGUCUCGGAACCAUAUUACGGCUGCGUAUUUCGGUGAACAAAUGUUUUCAACUCUAGUUGUCGUCGGUACUUUGCAAGGAAAUGAAUUUGGAAUCGACCUCAGUGAAUAUGAAGUGGGAGUGGAUUUUCGAGGUGUUCACAGGAUACCAGAAGGCGUGCACUACGUUUAUGCCACUAGUUGCGACGCACAGGGACACAGAGGAUCACGGACAGGUUUCGUGCAUUACUUCCUUAAAAACGAAAUCGUCGUCUGUGAGUGGGAUAUGCACACAGAAGAGUUAAAACUGGGUGCCGAUGUAUCUAAAGCCGUUCUAGAGAAUAUUGCAAAUGCUGAACGAUACAGCGAAAUCGAGGCAUUGCUCCUAAAGUAUAACUCGGAUGAAUACGACACGUGGAAAACACUGACGAACCAUAUCACUUCUGAUCUGUUGAGGCGAAUCGUACCAACAUGCAGUAUUAUCACGUCUGCUGAACCCGUCACAUGUUCCAAGAACGCAAGCCAAGAACAGACUCGUGAGAACGAACCGUGCAAUCAACAUGGCAUCGUGUUAGUUGCCGAAUCGGAACAAUUAACUAGUUCAGUGGAUGUUUCUAACCACACGUUCAGUUUCACCAACGUUCCAGCACGCUCAGGGAAGGACUUGUCAGCAGCAGACAUUACCGCGAAUUACAUGGAUUCGAUAAGGGUGAUAAAUAAGUUGAUGUCGACGAAUGGGGAAAACCAGAUAUUGGGCGAGUUUCAGCUUAGCUUUAUACUUUUUUUCUGUGGACAUUCGAUCGAUUGUUUGCAGCAAUGGAGAACACUGUUUGCGUUACUGUGCAACUCGGAGCUAGCGGUAAUUAGUUAUGGACAGUUUUACUCUAAGCUCAUGAUAUUGUUGAUGUACCACAUCCCAAUGUUGCCGCUGGAAAUGGUAGGAAACAUUGAAACAAACACCAUUUAUAAGGACACGCGAAAGUUGUUGCGAAAUACUUGUCAGACUAAGCGUGCUUCCGAUAUGCAGCGUUUGCUAGUUAGCUUGCAGCAAACGGUUCAUUGGGACUUUCCUGGCCUAUUAGAGGAAGAUCCAGAGGACCUACCAACUGUUGUGACGCUUUAAUGAGUAAUAAAAAUAUACUGAAUAAGUUCAUAAGUCCAGCUCAGAUGAUAUAAGAUCACGAUUGUAAUAAACAUUUGCCUAAACAAGCUUGUAAGGAUUGUCAAAUACCUGUUAGACUAAAACUUACUUUCGAUACACAUCGAUGGUUAGGUUGCAGCAAACGGUACAUCGGAACAUGCCUGUCCUAAUCGAGGAAGAUCGAGAGGACCUAGCAACUGUUGUGACCACCCUUGAUGUGCAACAAAAAUGAUUGCAUUUGUGAACAGCUCAGAUGACAUUAGAACGUGAUAGUUAUAAAAAUUGCCUAAACACGCUUUUAGAGGUUGGCAUUAUCCUUCGUGUUGUUUGUUGUUGAAACAUAUUUUAUAAAAAUUAAAUAAUAAAAACUACCCAU